GGCGCCUCCCCCACCGGGGCUGGAGACUGGCUGCUCCCGGGCUCAGGUCGCGCGGAGCAUGGGGCGGGGCCCGGGUGCCGGGCGCCUGCCCCACUGGCUUGGGGGUGAAAUUUUCUGCAAACCCACGCUGUACCAGGCACCAACUCUAAGCCUUUCAGGCUUUAUCGCUAAUCCUCCCAAGUCACUUUACGGAUGAGGAACCUGACGCCGAGAGGUUGGGCAAUUUGCUCAAGGUCACACAGCGAGGAUUUAAAGCCACAAUGUGUGUAAAUCCCAAAUACCAUGUUCUUUGUGUUCAUUAUUUUGCUUCGUACAGAGGUGGCCCCGGUGCCCAAGGUGACAGCUGGAAGCGGAAGGACGUGAAGGAGGCAGAGCUGUAGGAGCACUUCUCACCUGGGAGAGGAGGGCAGGUUGCCUGGGCAGGAGUCACGGGGCCCCACAGACUCCUGGCCGCAGCGUGCAAUGGAUCCGGGUGGGAGGACGCUAAGCGCCGGGAAGCCAAGUGGGGCGGGGCGGCUCUGGAGAGUGGGAGGGAGGGAGGAUCAGGCCCCGGGCGGGGGCCUGACCCUUACAGCGGGAGAGAGGCCCCGCCCCUUUCCGCCCCCUCUGCCUAAGGCUGUCUCUCAUUGGACAGUCACGUUGUCCGUCCCGCCCCGCCCCCGCCCUGCGAACCUCCAGCGCCUCGGAGCGCCCGGGCGGUGAGAGCAACGCGGCGUAAGAGUGCGGGCGGGCUUCGCUGAAAAGCUGGACUCGGCGGACUCUGGGUUCUGGGAUCGCCGCCUGCUGCCAUGGCCCUAGCAGUCCGUCUCUCGGCCCCGGCUCCGGACGUCUGAUAUCCCGCACAGUUUCGUACAGCCGCUGGGGAGGCAGCCGCUACCCCCUCGUCGCCCUUGGCGCCUUACCACACUCCCUAUCUGGAGCUAGGAGCAGCGCGGCCACCGGCGCCCCCGUACAAACUGGGGGUGUCUGCUGGAGCAGCCCCCGCCGCUGCUGCCCGAGGCUCUGGCCAUGGCCUGGCGGGGCAAAGGGGCGAGCGUCCGGGGGGCGCCUGGAGGCGUCAGGCUCAGGCUGGGGCUGUUGCUGCAGUUGCUCCUGCUCCUACGACCCGCACUGGGCUUCGGGGACGAAGAGGAGCGGCGCUGCGACCCCAUCCGCAUCACCAUGUGCCAGAACCUCGGCUACAACGUGACCAAGAUGCCCAACCUGGUGGGACACGAGCUGCAGACGGACGCCGAGCUGCAGCUGACAACUUUCACGCCGCUCAUUCAGUACGGCUGCUCCAGCCAGCUGCAGUUCUUCCUUUGUUCCGUUUAUGUGCCUAUGUGCACAGAGAAGAUCAACAUCCCCAUUGGCCCAUGCGGUGGCAUGUGCCUUUCAGUCAAGAGACGAUGUGAACCAGUCCUGAAGGAGUUUGGGUUUGUCUGGCCUGAUACCCUGAACUGCAGCAAGUUCCCACCCCAGAAUGACCACAACCACAUGUGCAUGGAAGGACCAGGUGACGAAGAGGUACCCUUGCCUCACAAAACUCCCAUCCAGCCCGGGGAAGAGUGCCACUCGGUGGGGACCAAUUCUGAUCAGUACAUCUGGGUGAAGAGGAGUCUGAACUGUGUUCUCAAGUGUGGCUAUGAUGCUGGCUUGUAUAGCCGCUCGGCGAAGGAGUUCACAGAUAUUUGGAUGGCGGUGUGGGCCAGCCUUUGUUUCAUCUCCACCACCUUCACUGUGCUGACCUUCCUGAUCGAUUCGUCCAGGUUUUCUUACCCCGAGCGCCCCAUCAUAUUUCUCAGUAUGUGCUAUAAUAUUUAUAGCAUUGCUUAUAUUGUUCGGCUGACUGUAGGCCGGGAAAGGAUAUCCUGUGAUUUUGAAGAGGCGGCAGAACCCGUUCUCAUCCAAGAAGGACUUAAGAACACAGGAUGUGCAAUAAUUUUCUUGCUGAUGUACUUUUUUGGAAUGGCCAGCUCCAUUUGGUGGGUUAUUCUGACACUCACUUGGUUUUUGGCAGCAGGACUCAAGUGGGGUCAUGAAGCCAUUGAAAUGCACAGUUCUUAUUUCCACAUUGCAGCCUGGGCUAUUCCUGCAGUGAAAACCAUUGUCAUCUUGAUUAUGAGACUGGUGGAUGCGGACGAACUGACCGGCCUGUGCUAUGUUGGGAACCAAAGCCUAGAUGCCCUCACUGGCUUUGUGGUGGCUCCUCUCUUUACGUAUUUGGUGAUUGGAACUCUGUUCAUUGCAGCAGGUUUGGUGGCCUUAUUCAAAAUUCGGUCGAACCUACAGAAAGAUGGGACAAAGACAGACAAGCUGGAAAGGCUAAUGGUGAAGAUCGGCGUCUUCUCUGUACUGUACACAGUCCCUGCCACCUGUGUCAUUGCCUGCUACUUCUACGAAAUCUCUAACUGGGCGCUCUUUCGCUAUUCUGCAGAUGACUCUAAUAUGGCCGUGGAAAUGUUGAAAAUUUUUAUGUCUUUGCUUGUGGGCAUCACUUCGGGCAUGUGGAUUUGGUCUGCCAAAACACUUCACACGUGGCAAAAGUGUUCUAACCGACUGGUGAAUUCUGGGAAGGUAAAGCGAGAGAAGAGGGGGAACGGUUGGGUGAAGCCAGGGAAAGGAAAUGAAACUGUGGUGUAAGACUUAGCUU